CCACCCUUCCCACGGGGAUGGAGAUGUUCUCGCUGAAUUCCCUCAAAGAUUCCAGAGACUUAUUAAAGGAAUUUCCACAGCCUAAAAACUUGCUCAACAGUGUGAUUGGACGAGCCCUGGGCAUUUCCCAUGCAAGGGACAAGCUGGUCUACAUCCACACUAAUGGGCCAAGGAAAAAGAAAGUCACUCUGCACAUCAAGUGGCCCAAGAACGUGGAGGUGGAGGGCUAUGGGACCAAGAAGAUCGACGCGGAGCGGCAGGCGGCCGCCGCGGCCUGUCAGCUCUUCAAGGGCUGGGGGCUGCUGGGCCCCCGGAACGAGCUCUUUGACGCUGCCAAGUACCGGCUCCUGGCGGACCAGCUGGGCUGUCCCGACGAGCGCUGGUGCUCCGAGGGCAAGUGGCGCUCCAAGUCCGGGCCCUCCCUCGCAGACCUGUCCACCUGCUGGCGGCGGAUGGAGCCCGACGACUCCAUCCAGCCCAUGGAGCAGGGCAGGAUGCCUAAAGCCAUGAGGAGGGAAGAGCUGGAGGAGGGGGAGCUGGAGGAAGGGGAGCUGGAGGAGGGCGAGCUGGAGGAGGAAGCGAUCGAUGUCUCGGAUUACCUGCCCAUGGCACACCAGGACGCCCGGACCCCAGGCAGGGAUGCCAGCCGAGGAGGGAGCUCCAUUGAGAUGACCGACGACAACACUGCCAUCCGUGCCCUGACACAGUUCCCACUGCCCAAAAACCUCCUGGCCCAAGUGAUUCAGAUUGCAACCUCUUCCUCCACAGUCAAGGAGUACAUGCAGUUCCGCACGGUGGGCACCAAGACCAAGAUCUGCAAGCUGACCCUGCGCUGGCCCUGCCCCAUGACCUUCGCUGCCAAGGGCCGACGCAAGGUGGAGGCAGAAAACAAAGCAGCAGCUCUGGCCUGUCAGAAGCUGAAGAGCCUUGGCUUGGUGGACAAGAACAACAACCCCCUGAGCCAUGCCAUGUACAACAUGACUUCCCUGCGGGAGCUGGGGGAGAACCAGAGGAAGCCCUGCCACAUCAAAGUCCCCGAGGCCACCCUGCGCAAGAUCGAGAACUACCUGAACCACUAUCCCGUGGACAUCAGGGAGUCCCGGCCCCGGAUUGCCGAUGACAUGAUGAACCUGACCAAGGAAUCCGGUGCGAUAAGCGACGCCAUCACGGGGAAGACCUACAUCCCCAUGCUGGAGGCAGAGGAAGUGCGCCUUAGCCAGAACCUCCUGGCCCUCUGGAAAAGGAGAGGAGCCUCCUGGCAGGAGAGCCACCCACUGCCAGUAGACCCCCACAAGGACACCAUCCUGUCAGCCAUCGAGCAGAACCCCGUGGUGGUAAUAGCGGGAGACACGGGCUGCGGGAAGACCACGCGGAUCCCGCAGCUGCUGCUGGAACACUACAUCCUGGAGGGCCGCGGCGCCCGCUGCAACGUGGUGAUCACCCAGCCCCGCAGGAUCAGCGCCAUCUCCGUGGCCCAGCGCGUGGCGCAGGAGCUGGGGCCCAACAUGAGGAAGAACGUGGGCUACCAGGUGCGGCUGGAGAGCAAGCCCCCCGCCCGGGGAGGGGCCCUGCUCUUCUGCACCGUGGGCAUCCUGCUCAGGAAGCUGCAGGGCAACCCCAGCCUGGAGGGCGUCAGCCACGUCGUGGUGGACGAGGUGCACGAGCGAGACGUCAACACCGACUUCCUGCUCAUCCUGCUCAAAGGCAUCCAGAAGCUGAACCCCGACCUGCGCCUGGUCCUCAUGAGCGCCACGGGGGACAACCAGCGCUUCUCCCACUACUUUGGGGACUGCCCUGUGGUCAAGGUGCCGGGCUUCAUGUACCCGGUGAAGGAAUACUACCUGGAGGAGAUCCUGGCCAAGCUGGGCCGGCACCGACACCGGCACUACGAGAUCAAGCAAUCCGACGACGAGUGUGUGCUGGAUCUUGACCUGAUCACCGACCUCGUGCUCCAGAUCGAUGCCCACGGAGAGCCAGGUGGGAUCCUCUGCUUCCUCCCUGGCUGGCAGGAGAUCAAAGGGGUGCAGCAGCGGCUGCUGGAGAUGCUGGGCUCGCAGAACAGCCGCUACCUCGUCCUGCCAGUGCACUCCAACAUCCCCAUGAUGGACCAGCAGAACAUCUUCCAGAGGCCUCCUCCUGGCGUCAGGAAGAUUGUCCUGGCCACCAACAUCGCGGAGACCUCCAUCACCAUCAACGACAUCGUGCACGUGGUGGACAGUGGCACGCACAAGGAGGAGCGCUACGACCUCAAGACCAAGGUGUCCUGCCUGGAGACGGUGUGGGUGUCCAAGUCGAACGUGGUGCAGCGGCGGGGCCGCGCCGGCCGCUGCCAGUCGGGCUUUGCCUACCACCUCUUCCCUCGCAGCCGCCUGGACAAGAUGCCAACUUACCAGGUGCCAGAGAUCCUGCGCACCCCCCUGGAGAACCUGGUGGUGCAGGCCAAGAUCCACAUGCCGGAGAAAACGGCAGUUGAAUUUCUCUCCAAGGCUCUGGACAGCCCUGACAUCAAAGCUGUGGAUGAAGCCGUGAUCUUGCUGCAGGAGAUCGGAGUGCUGGACCAGCGGGAGGCCCUCACCACCCUGGGCAAGCGGCUGGCCCAGAUCUCCACAGACCCUCGGCUGGCCAAGGCCAUCGUCCUGGAGCUGUGUAGCAGCAGUGGAGAGGCUGGAGCAGCCAGCACAGUGAGCCCUGUGCCCACCCUCCCCUCCGCUCUCUCCCAAGAUGACGGCUGGAGAGCCACCGUGUCCCUGACGGACAGCGACCUCCUGGUGCUGGAGGGGGACUCCUACACCAUCCGCCUGCUGCGCGACUUCCGCGUGUCCCUGUCCAAGAUGGUGGAGACGUGCCUGUGCUACGAGAUGGCCGCGAUCCCCGGGGACCUGCACCACCAGCACAGCCAACUGCUCGACAUCCUGGUGGAUCUGCUCAAGGGCCCUCCCGGCAGCUUUGGCUCGUAGGCGGAGCUGGAGGCUCCUGUGGGGACUUGUAAUUUGUAUAAAGAUGUUCACAAAUGUUUAUUUAAAUAAAGUUCUAUUUAUCCCUUGUGAA